CCAAAUCCUCCGCAUCGCAUCGCAUCGCACAGCUCCGCCGACCACUGACUCCACGAGUGCUCCCAUGCCGCCGCCGCCGCCGCCUGACCUGGUCCACGACGCCAUCUCCGAGAUCCUGCUCCGCCUCCCGCCGGACGAGCCCCAGUGGCUCUUCCGCGCCGCCCUCGUCUGCAAGUCAUGGCUCCGCACCCUCACCGGCCCCGCCUUCCUCCGCCGGUACCGCGACUUCCACGGAGCCCCUCCUCUCCUCAGCCUCGUCAACGGGGAGAAAGCAAUCAAAACAGGCCAGGGUCGCCGCUUCAUCCCCACGACAGCAGUGCCUGCCUUCCUCAUUCCAGAGUCCGACGACACCCCCUAUGCGUGGCCGUUCGACUGCCGCCAUGGGCGUGUCCUCCUCGGCAUGUACCGAAGUGCGUGUUACCUUGUCUAUGACCCUGUUACGGGCGACCGCCGUCGCGUGCCCGAGCAAGCAAUCGGAAUCCAAUGGAUGUUAAUGUUCCGCAGUGCGACCGCAGUGUUCUGCGCUGCCGCUGGCUGUGAUCACCUCGACUGCCAUGGUGGCCCCUUCUGUUUGGUCUGCGUGUUCACCGACUACACGAGGCCUACUACUACCAUGUCGGUGACCAUGUACUCGUCGGAGAUAGGCGUGUGGAGCGCUCCAGUCACGCUUGACAAUGUUCCUUAUGUGCCCUACAGCCGUGGUCCCCUCAUUGGAGACGAAAUCUACUUCGCUCUUCUGGAGGCUGCUACAAUUGUCAAGUAUGACUGGGCCAACAAUUCACUAUCUGUGGUUAAGCCCCAGCCACCAGCAAUGCAUGACGGCUUCGUGCUCAUGGAGAUGGAGGAUCAUUCUCUGGGCCUUGCUGGCAUUGAGGAUUCCACACUUCAUCUUUGGUCGAGAAGAGUGAGUUUAGAGGGAAUUGCUGAAUGGGUACAAUGCAGAGUCAUUGAUCUGGAGAAAAAGAUGCCUAUGGCGAACCCUAGCGACUCUGCAUCAGUGGUUGGCUUCGCAGAGGGUGUGGACAUCAUCUUCGUCAGCACAGGUGUUGGAUUGUUCCUAAUGGAGCUAAAGUCAGGGCGAGUGAGGAAGGUUAGCGAGCCUGGGUGCUUCUUCAAAAUCCUACCCUACAUGAGAUUCUACACUCCUGAUCGUUUGUUAGGAGUACCUGCUGAUCUCUGAUGUGCCACAUGGAAGCAAGACAUUGCAGAAUAGACGAUUCAUCAUCUUGAGUCUGCUGCCGUUGACUACCAGAGCUGCUAGUGUCAAGUUUUCUUUUUCUUUUCCGUUGAGCAGUUUAAGUAGUUUGAAUGGUGCAAAAGACAUUAUGAUCUGUUGUGGUUGUAUAUGAUCCAUCCUAAGUCUGCUGCCAUUGAGUAGUUUUGGUGUAGUGUUCAGACAUAUUUGAUUUACUGUUUGGUUAAUGCGCAUUUCAGCUACAUGGAACUAAUACUUUCUGUACUGCAUGCCAUAAUCCUUUCUUGAAAAUCAA